AGCUCUGGCGUGUUGGGCAUGGUGAAGCAGACGAUUCGGAUUUUUGCGAGGCUACGGCCUACCAAGCGGCCGGUGGCGCUUUACUCAUUGGAUGACGAUAAUGGAAUCUCAGUGUUGGAGUUUGUGGUGCCGCAUGAUGCAGCUGAUGGAUUUAUAAAUAACAAACGAGAAAGCUAUAAAUUUAAAUUCCAGCAGAUCUUUGAUCAAGGUGCAAAGCAAGAGGAAAUUUUUGAAAAUAUUGCAAAACCUGUUGCUGAAAAUGUUCUUGCAGGUUACAAUGGGACAAUUUUUGCUUAUGGCCAGACAGGGAGUGGGAAGACGUUCACUGUCACAGGAGGGGCUGAACGGUAUAGUGACAGAGGCAUCAUUCCCAGGACACUCUCAUAUAUAUUUGGAGAGUUUCAGAAGGACAGCAGCAAAGUCUACACAACCCAUAUUUCCUAUUUGGAAAUUUACAAUGAAUGUGGUUAUGAUCUCCUUGAUCCACGUCAUGAAGCCUCCAAGCUUGAAGACUUGCCCAAGGUGACUAUUAUGGAAGAUUCUGAUCAGCAUAUCCAUCUUAGGAAUCUCUCCCUUCACCAGGCAAACAAUGAGGAAGAAUCCCUUAAUCUGCUCUUCCUGGGAGAUACUAACCGAAUGAUAGCGGAGACUCCUAUGAACCAGGCCUCAACCCGUUCCCAUUGUAUUUUUACAAUUCAUGUUUCCAGUCGUGAACCAGGCUCUGCUACCAUCCGUCGGUCCAAACUACACCUAGUGGACUUGGCUGGAUCAGAGCGUGUUACAAAGACCGGAGUGGGAGGACAGCUAUUGACCGAGGCAAAGUACAUUAACCUCUCUCUGACAUACCUGGAACAGGUUAUUAUUGCACUGGCAGAAAAGAAUCGUGCACACAUCCCUUAUCGAAAUUCCAUGAUGACAUCUGUUCUGCGAGACAGCCUGGGUGGAAAUUGUAUGACGACAAUGGUUGCAACUUUAUCUGUAGAUAAGAAGAACUUGGAGGAAUCUAUUUCAACAUGCCGAUUUGCACAGAGGGUUGCACUGAUCAAGAACGAAGCUUUUCUGAAUGAAGAAGUUGAUCCCAGAUUGUUGAUUCUUCGCUUAAAGAAAGAAAUCCAGGAGCUAAAGGAUGAGCUAGCAAUGGUCACUGGACAGACGAGGACUGACAGCCUCUCAGAAGAGGAAAAACUGAAGUUGCAUGAGCUGGUCAAUAAUUACCUAGAGGACACUGACGCCGAGUCUUCACUGGAAAUUGGACCUGACAUGCGGAAGAUUCAGUACUGCUUCCAUCUACUAAAGAGUUUGGUGAAAGAGUUGCAGCAGUGUAGACCAGGCUUGAUAAUUGAAAAUGAAGUCUCACCCCCUGACACCAAUGAAGAUGUUGUCAACGACGCAGAGAUGAAAUUAAGAGAAUUAUUGCAGCAAAGAGAUAAUGAAAUCAAUAUUUUAGUGAACAUGUUAAAGAAAGAGAAGAAGAGGGCACAGGAUGCCAUCAGCAAAAUAAACUUAGACAACUAUAAGAAUAUACCUCCCUCUAGUGCCCAGUCCUCAAAGGAGUUCAACGCAAGCCAUCAGUCAAAGUGCCUUUCUGAAGUUAGAUCCACCAGUACCACAAGCAAUUCAGAAUCUGACUCCGCCUUCAUUUGCAGGAGAAUAGCAGGAGAAAUGUCUCUUGGACGUCAGGAAGCUUUUGAGAUCUUCAGAAGAGACUAUGCUGAAAAUAUAACCAUUGAAGACAACAAGCAUCUUUUGAAGCAGAGGUACACGGAAGCAAAGUCCCUUGGAGAAAAAGUGAAUCAAGCAAGGAAUAAAAUUAACCAAUUGAAAAGUCAACUGGAACAGAGAAGGAUGCAAAGGGCUGCCAGUAGUGUGACUAGUGAGCCUGUAGAUGUCAAUAAACCAGAUCAAUUUGAAGAAGAACUUCGACAGAAACUUGAAGAAGAGAAAAAGAGCUACAAAAUGACCUUCAACCGGCUGAAGGGGCUGAAGACAGAGACUGAGCACCUGCAACAUCUUCUGCAAAAGGCGAAGGUGAUGAUACAAAAGGAUUUCGAGGCUUGGUGGUCUGAAGAAACAAUGAGGCUCCAGGCUCAUCAGGAACAACCGUCCGAGGCCACUUCGCAGAAAACCUGGACGUCUUCUGUGACUCCGACACCGUCCCUAAGGAACGUUCACAGCAGCAGCAGCAUUGAAACAAGUGGUUAUAGAAGUGCAGAUUCCACUGCACAGAACAGUGCCAGGACCCUCAAAACCUCUUCAUCUGAGGCCAGAGUGCCCUCAAACUUUGGCUCUUCCAUUCCUCUGACCGGUGACGGGCAAACAGAUGCUGACAUUUUAGCAUUUGUGCGGGCAAGGCAAAACCUCAUGCAGAAGAAAGGUCUAAGAACCAAAUAGUUCCCGGUGAAGAUCAAGCCCAGGUGGUUGCUUGGAAGGGUCUGGAAAGCAGCACUCACAUUUCUAAAUCAGGAAAUGAACUAUGGAAUUUUACUUCUGAUGUUGGAUGUGUUUCAGAAAGAACAGGAUGCAAAUAUUACUGUCAGUUAUCUGCCUGUGCUUUCUGACUGUAAGUCGACUGUCACAACUUCUCUGCAAAAGACAAGUAGUUACAGCGAUAUUGUUUGAUAAAUAUGGUUUGCGAUCAGUUUCAAUCCAAUUUACUCUCCCUGUUGUUCCUAAGCCACCUUUAGUUUCCUUGGUCUUUUAAGCUUUGAUAGUCUGGUCUGUAGGCAUUCAGUCCCCAACUUUAAUGACAUGUUCACUAUCUGUGCCUUUUCAUAGGUGCUUUAUCAUGAUUGAUCAACAACAGUUACUGUGGGAAUAAAGUAACCUGCUGGUUUUGUUACUGGACUAACAACUCAGCAGAAGCAAAACACAGCAGGUGUUAAAACAGAAUUUUGGGCCAUAUACGUAUAAUAAUUAACAAUAAAUCACAUAUGGGAUAUAUAGAUUUCAGGCUAACAUAAAGAAGAAAAUGGAUAGUUUGAAGAGGGGUGGGAACAUGCUCAUUCAGGGCAUACUGUAAAUACUAUUUGGCCCAAGUGGUCUAUUUCUUAAUGAUACAACCUGCGCAAUUCUACAAAUUUAGCAAUUGUAAUCAAUAAAGGAUUGUUUAACAAA